UUUGCCAAAAUGUUUGUUCAUGUUGUAAAAUAAUCCUGAGAUUCAUUGAAUAUAAUGUGUUAAGUACAUCUGAAAGUAAAGGAUAUGGGGACACCUACAGGCGAGUAUGAUAACAAUUGAGUUAAGUCGGCCAUAUUCCCUUCAGUUUUAUGAAGCUGUUGAGGAGAAUGGUAGGUGGAAAAUCUCUCUCCGGUCGAACAGAAAUAAAAUGUUGUCAGGCAUGAUUUUAUUUAUCUUUAAGGUCAAAAUGUGUACUAAAAGUGUUUUAUUUCAUGUUUGAGUCAUAAGAGACAUAGAGUUGAUGAAUAAUUGCAGUUAUAUGAAACUCAAUGUCGAGCACGUUAGGAGCACAUGGUGUUUCUAUCUUUGUAUUUUCUCGUUAUUUUUACACUUAUUUAUUUUUGACAGUUAAGUGACCGGAUGAGCUGUACUUAAUCUGUUUGGUGUCAUUUCACAUAUUCUCAGGUAUGAUGUACUAAUGUUUGUAUGAUGCUAUGUUUUCUGUGUUUGGAAAAAAAAAGAAUGAGCUCUUAAUUACAAAGAUAUUGAUUUAUUGUCUGUUGAAUUGAUAAAUCGAAGUUUUAUGAAGCUGUUGAGGAGAAUGUUAAGUGACCGGAUGAGCUGUACUUAAUCUGUUUGGUGUCAUUUCACAUAUUCUCAGAUAUUUCCGACUCAGUAAACGUGCGAUUGAUGAGCUCAGCCUUUGUCUCUGUGUGGUCCUUUCCGGGAGGGUCGAGAGAAUGAACCAGUGAGAGGGGUUACAAUGGUGCCGUGAUUCCCGUUUGUGAUCAAUGCAGACCCGAUCUCCGGGGGGGACGACGACAACAAGGCCUACAGCAGAGAACAGUGAGGACGUCGCACGUGUCAUCCGUUCAAGUGGACUGUGAUUGCCAGAUUCUCCGGUUAAAGAAUUUUUAUUUUUCUCUUUUCUUCUCUGACGAACUUUUAAAAGGGAAAAAUACAUUUUGUUGGACUGCAGAUAAGUAAAGUGAUUUAAACAACAGUUUUAUUUUAUUAAUCUGACUUUUGAGUUUAGCUUUAGAAUAUUUUGAAUCUUUUGCAUUUGAGAAAAUGGCUGAGGGUGGUGCAGAAAAUUCCUUUUUCGGGAUUGGACGGGGUAAAUAUGGGAUGCAGUUCUCUGACACCAAGCCAGGGUCAGGUGAAUUCGGUUAUAAGGCUCACAUUCCUGAUGGUACUAGGGGGAAUUAUGUAGCUCAUGAUGUAAACAAAACUUUCCCUAUUACUUCUACCCCAAAGCCAUGCAAUGUAGAGGGUUCUAGCGAUCGAGACGUCAGCGAUUUCGGGGCUCUAGUUAAAGAAUUGGGCAGACAAAUUGGUGACUCAGUAACGGCCAACAUUUUGUCAGGGGGUGAAUUUCCCAGAACUAUUAAUGGUAAUAACACAGGCUCUCAAUGUGCUAAUCUUGAUUUGUCACAGUUGAAUGUCAUUCUGAAAUCAGAUGAAAGAGACCCCCCAGUGUUUAGAGGGGAUGGGUUAGGCAGAUGUGACAUUCAAGAAUGGAUUGAUAUGAUGCAAGUUUACCUGCAAAAGAGAAAUGUCAGGAUUACUGAACAGGCUAAUGAGAUUGUUGGUCAUCUAAUGGGCAGGGCCAAAGACAUUGUGAAAGUAGCCCUACGCAGCAACCCUGAUCUUGACUGCACAAAUCACCCUGAGAUUAUUUACAGUAUACUAAAGCAACACUUUAGUGACGUGUCCUACUCAAGCAUGCCACUUGCAGACUUUUACAGUACAUUGCCUAAACACGAUGAAAAUCCCUUUGACUACUGGCUUCGCCUUAAUAAGGCAGCAGAUAUAGCCGACGAGUGUCUCAGGGGACAGGGUAGAAGAAUGGACAACUUAAAUUCUGAAGUUGCAAUGAUGUUUGUGAGGAAUUGCCCACACCCUGAUUUAGCACGCACUUUUAAAGUAAGGCCGCUAGAAUGCUGGACCGCGAAAGACGUUCAGGAGCUUUUAGACAGUUUCCAACGUGAGCUUAAACUAAGACCGAACCCUAACACCUACCCAGUCUGCCAUAAUGCACAAACGUCGAUACAAAAUUGUGGAAAUUCUAACGUUGUUUCUGAGUCUGCAUUAGUGUGUCUGAAGCAGGGGACAAACGGACCUGGUGAAUCUAAGCAGGAUGCGAAGGAUCAGUCUGGACUGGAUCGAAUGGCUGACAUGCUCGCUCAGUUGAUCGAAGUCUUGAAGACAAAGGAGAAGAGUAAACCUGAGUAUGAGUCUUCUGGGAGACUGCACAGAAGGAACGUUGCGGGACCGAGGAACUUUAAGUGACCGGAUGAGCUGUACUUAAUCUGUUUGGUGUCAUUUCACAUAUUCUCAGGUAUGAUGUACUAAUGUUUGUAUGAUGCUAUGUUUUCUGUGUUUGG